GUCAAGUAUGAUUUCACAGUUGCGUUUCUUUCAACCCGGCGUUUCCCAGCCCGUAAUUCCUGAGGGGUUUCGUCUUCCUCUGGUUGUGCCCGUAAAUCCUGAGGGGUUUCGUCUUCCUCUGGUUGUGGUUGACGAAAUGGCUACAUAUCGUAGCGAUCUUAGAUUAUCCGAAAAGAGCGACAUGGCAUAUGUCGAACAAUUAAAAGAACUUAUAUCAGACAAAAACUUUAAUGCUGUCAAGUUUUAUAAAAAUUUAAAUUUCCCUUUCGCUCGAAAGAAAGAAGCAGAAGAAGUCUUACACGAAUCAUUGAAAAUUAUCGCAUCCGAAAAUAACGUGAAAGCUCGGAAACUGUUGGCAAAUUUUGACAAAUUUAUCAACGCCAACUCAGUAGUGGCCUUCUGGAACGGUAUCUAUAUACAAAAUGAAAAAGAUAAAACUCAAUUUAUUAAAGAUGCAUUGAAAGAAAAGGAUAAACAGGAAUCUUACCAAAUAAAAUUAAAUGUACGAGAAGAGCACAUUAUUGAAAGUAAUCUACUUUUAGCAGAAAAAAGAAAAAACAAGGAAGAAUUUUUAACUCCAAACAAGGUCAGGAUUUGUGAUGCAGGGUAUAAUAGUGAUUCUAGUGAAGAGUCAUACUCGAGCCCUGAGUAUGAGGUUGCACCAAGAUCACUUACAAAUGUUUUUCUUGAGUUAAAAGAUUCUUGUGCUAGUGGUGAAGUUGAUGAUGAAUCAGUUGAAGGAAACCAUCCUGAAGUAAAACAACGUGACAGUGUACCAAAGCGAAAAGUUGCAAGUAAACCUAAAUAUAUACAGCAUGAUCUUGCACAAGAUUUAAUUUCAAGUUUACGCUUGUGUCCUUUAAAAGGGAAUAAGUGGUUAUGGAAUGGACUUGAGAUCUGUAAUUCUUUACAAGAUGAUAAGAAUACUAGAACGCCAUUAAACAUUGGUGUUGUGAAUUUUCAUAACAACUUAUGUAUAGAACCCCUUCCAUCAUCAAUGAUUACCUAUAUUCAAGAACAAAUGGAAAAUGAAGAUGUUAACACAAUCUUCUUUGAUGAUGGCAAAAAAUUUGGAAUAAAUAAGUUGUCGAUUGACAUUGAUGAAGAUGUUAUGAAAUAUCUGGAUGCAUUUCAAGAUUGUACUUCUCUAGACGCAUUACGAAAAACUCUGCAUGAGAAUUCAGUUCACAAUUACCCAAAUCUCAAUUUUAACAUUAGCUAUAUUUACAGUUUUUUUAAUCACAUGUAUAACCUCUAUUCAAAUGAGACGUUAUCUCAUGCCCUUACUGAGUAUGAAUAUGAUUCAUAUGUGUGGACACCGCUUUUGUGUAAUGCGUUUAUGGAGAAAGGGGAUAUUCAAAUUUCUAGUGGUGAAGUUUCAUCUGUAGCAUAUGACAAGUUGAAAAAACUUGCCCAACUUCAAACAAAGAGUGGUCCAAAAAUUGACUCAAAAGCAACUAUUAUUUCAAUCAGCCAAGAAGUAUUAAUACGGGAGAAUGGAAGAUAUGAUAUUGCAAGUAAAAGGAAGAGUGACUUAUCAAAGUUAGAAUAUUGCUCAAAGGUGCUACUUGCCAGUGCAUAUCUUGCCUUACCAAUCGUCGCACGUCCGGAUAUUCAUAAGUUUGAAAUAUACGCGAUCCAAACAAAUGCAUCCUAUAUAUUCGAAAACACAAUAUGUAUGAUUGGUUUAACUGAUAUUAUAAUUCCACGAACGGUUGAUGCUUUCCCAAAAUGCGUUGAAGCAGUUUGUAAAGUGUUAUCAUGGAAGGCACGAUCCAGAAAUAAUACUAAAACUUUUCAUGAAUUAAUUGGUAAAUCGACUUCCCGAUUACGUGAGAGAAAAUAUUUCACUCCGAAAAAGCUUGCGAAUAGAUCAAAGUCGACCCAAUAUUUGUUACCAUUGCUGAUAAUUUGGGAAUAUUUACAAGUCUACUGUCGGAUCAGUAGACACUGGGAUUUAGCUGUUCCUUUACUUUCACUAAAAAUACGAUUACGUGGUAAUAAUAAUCCUGAUGUCCAAGAUCCAACGAAAAUCAAAGGCAAGCUCGCCUCUAAUACGGAAAGGUGUUUUGCACUAUUAGGGGAUGAACAAG